AAUAGUUAACCCUUUCGACAGUCUGUGUUUUGUUGGCUUUGUCGUAGCUGCACUAUGUAGGGAAUUUCGUGUAUGAAAAACACAUUAUAGCUUUCAGAUAUUAUAUUAUAGCUUUCAUACAACGAAUCUUAAGGCUAUUGGUGCUUGUUCUUACCAGCGCGUGUUCCUGUCUUAGUUUUUAGUUUAGCCUGUUUAGGAGUGACAGCAACACUUCUAGUCGGUCGGUCGGUCGGUCGGUCGGUCCCAGGUUCGUUUAAACGGCCUUUAACGUUAUUCGUGUUUGGUUUUCAUUUAGUGCGCAACAUGGAGACGGCCCUGGAGGAAAAGGCAUCUCAUGAUCCACCAAAAACAACGUCUGAGCCUUUGUCGGCUUUUAUGUUGGCUAAGAUAGAGCGCAAUAGGCAGCGGGCGCUGAUGUUGAGACAAGCACGACUGGCCAGCCGACCGUCUUCAGCAUUGGGAGAAGGUGGGACUUGUGCGAAAGUCGCGAAAACAGUUGAUUCGGGAGCAGGCUUUUUCAUUGAAGACGACGAUGAAGAAGAUGGACAAAUAGCAAAGAAAGUGACACAGCAGCCAGCUCCUGUGAUUGAAUCUGAGUAUUUGGGGUGUGAGGAGUGUUCCAAGCCAUUCAUGGAUUCUUACCUGAGCAAUAGUUUUGACUUGGCAGUAUGCGACAAUUGCAGGGACAAUGAGGUGAAGCACAAGCUCAUCUCCCGCACGGAGGCCAAGCAGAACUACUUACUGAAGGACUGUGAUCUGGACAAGAGAGAGCCACCACUGCGCUUCAUUCUCAGGAAGAACCCCCACAACACUCAAUGGGGGGACAUGAAGCUCUACCUCAAGCUGCAGGUGGAGAAGCGCUGUAUGGAGGUGUGGGGGAGCGAGGAGGCACUGGAGGAGGCCAAGGAGACACGCGAGGAGAACCGAGAGGUCCAGAAACAAAAACGCUUCAACAAAAAGGUCAAAGAGCUGAGGAAGGCAGUGAGAAGUAGCAUGUUCCGGAAGGACACCAGCGUCCACCAGCACGAGUAUGGCCCUGAGGAGCUGGUGGACGAGGAGGAAGACCUCUACAGGAAAACCUGCACUAGUUGUGGUCAUCAGCUUAACUAUGAAAAGAUGUAGCCUGCACCUGCCAUCGUCUGAUUACACAACAGGAGAUGACUACAGAGAACAUCUUCUUCGCCUUGGACCAGCACUUGAUGUACAAGAGGACCUAAGUCACCUGCAGUGUGGUGCUCACCUGUGUAAGGAUGCCAUAAGUCUCAGGGAAGCAUAUCUAGGUGUCCUCUUCAGAACGAACCAUAAAACUAAACUGUCUCUGGGUAUUUUCACACCCAAAAUGUAUUCUGCAUCAGGUUUACUAUAAGGCAGAAUCCUAUGGAUUAUUUCCCUUAGAAUGACUAUGACCAUAUCAGAACAUAGUUUCUGACGUCCCUGGCUGACUGCCUUGCUUCAGUAAGGUGCAUCCUCUUUUGGGACCACAUUUUGCUGUGGAUGAAAAAAAAAAAAAAAAAACUAUGACAGACCUCAUCAUGUAGUAGGAGCUACUAUGGGACAAUUUAAUGAUUAACGACCAUUAAACGAAGUAAAAAUGCAUAUUCCUGUUUUCUACACUUAACUGUUUUUUCAAAAGCUGGAUCAUAACUGAUUCAUCAUUGACUGCAUUAGUUAAGUCUCUUGUUGAUUUAUCUCAUUGUGGAGUAGUGCUUUAUGAGCUGCACUGCAGUAGCCAAUCCCUUUGCUGUUAAUGUUCAAGAGCCCUGAAUCUCAGUCUCUGAUUCUCAGUUGUACCUCUAAUGCUGUGCCACUAGAUGGUGAUGGAGAGCAGUUACCGCAGAGCCAUACACACACUUUCUAUCCUGUCAUGAGUUGCUCAGCCAGUAUUCCUUAUGUGGAUGGAUAGCGUCGGCUUAAACCUAAACUUAUUUGAAAAAAUAAUAAUAAUAAUAAAAAUCUCCAUUUAAAUGUUUUUUUAGGACUAGGGUUAAUACAUAUCUGUUACAUUUAUUAAGAUAAAGUUGCAUUAAGCAUAAACAGAAAUACGGUUGAUUAUGUCAGCACUAACGUAGAUGUCUGUUGGUUAAAAUUGUUAAGUUGUAAUCUGCCUUGACACCUGUGCACUCGCCCUAGACUGCCUCUCUGGAGGCUGGCCUGGGUGAACAGGAGCCGCACAUUUACUUUAACCUUGUCGUAUCUCACCCCAGGAGCUUGGUAACUCACCCGUUGUAGAGAAUCCAUCGACCGUUGACUGAGAAAUUCUUAAGCGGAGUUCAGUUUCAGGUGCAUUUUCCAGUUUACGAGCAGUGGGCAAACUGCUAGCAGAUGCAUUCCAUUCUUUCUCCACAGAGGAACAUCGUGUUUCUCUGAGCUCUAGGAAGACAGGGAAGUCAUACAUUUGGGAAAAGAUGACCUACAGUAGUAGGAAGGUUACAAGGAAUUCAGAGAGAAGCUUUAUUAUGGUCCAGUAGUAAAUAUCAUUGUAGUAAGUAAGUAUGUGACAUACUGUUACGAUUAAAUUGUACAUUGUGAUGUUUUUAAGGAGUUGUCAUGAUCUGAUUAUGUUUUGGGCGAAAAUAAAUAUUGCAGAUGA